GGAUUCUUGUUUUUUCUUUUAUCGCCUGAUCGAUAUGUUUUUGUUUUGAUAAUUGUUUAUCAGCUCCAAUUGUUAUGACGUUCAGCAGUAAUAUUCAUAACUAUAAAUUGCUAGAAAUACAUAAAUAUGGGAAAUUCAAAACGGUCUACAAAGCAAAUUUUUCAAAUAAGUGUUUAGCUAUAAAAAAAAUAUGUUUGGAUCAACCUACGGAAGAUUUAACAACGAUGUGCAAUGAUAUGCUUACUAUGCGUCAGUUUAAACAUCGAAAUAUUAAUACCGUCCUACACUGUUUUCUUUACAAGCAGUAUGCUUAUUCUGUUUACCCAUUUAUGUGUUACGGAGACUGUGAGUUGCUGCUUCAAAAUGUGUUCACUUCUGGAUUUCCGGAGGCAAUGAUAGCACUAAUCUUAAAGGAUGUAUUAUCAGCUCUUUCAUAUAUUCACUCUCAGCAUUUUGUUCAUGGAUCUAUAAGGGCUAAGCAUAUACUUAUAAAUACCAACAAAGCUGUUAUAUCAAAUGUUGGUGAUUGCCAAACUUUAAUUAAUAGAGGCAAAAAAAAAAGUUUUUUAUAUGGAUCUACAGUGGGAAAAGAAGAUCAGCUGUUUUGGACAGCCCCAGAAAUCUUAUUUCAAAACCUUUCUGGUUAUACAGAAAAAGUAGAUAUAUACUCUGUCGGAAUUACAUGCUGCGAAAUGGGAAAUGGGUUUCAACCAUUUAAAGACACAGAACUAACAUACAUGUAUAUUGAAAAAGUUCGUGGCAGUCUAUCUUUGUUAAUGGAAAAAAGCAACAUUCUAGACGACCAAGACUCUGUUUCAUUGGACCGUAAAAUACAACUGUGUUCCCGUGAUUUAUCAAUGAAAAAAGUAUUUUCAGAUAACUUUCUUCAGUUUAUUGAACUAUGUUUAAAUAAAACUCCUUUGUCUCGAUGGACUGCUACCAAAUUAAUGACGCACUCAUUUCUUAAACAAUGUCGGAAUACGAGUUUUUUAGAACAAUUAAAAGGUGUUAACCUUGAUUUUUCCGCACACAAAAUAAGAGAACAUGAACCAGUUUGUAAUGAUGAUGAUGUCAACCCAUUCAAAAUUAAUGAUGAAAAAACAUGGAAUUUUUAAUAGAUACAUACAUAAUUUGUUUUUGUUGGCCAUGAAAUUCAAUAAAACUAAAUUAUCUAUUUA